AUGGUGGUGAGCAAGCUCUACGAGCUGGGCAACGCCGCCCCACAAAACAAGAAGAAGAGGUUCCUGCAACGAUUCGGAAUCCUGGGGGAUGUGGAGCAGCAACAAGAGGAGCUCAAGUACAAGCAACUCAACGACGAGAUCCAGUCGCUGUCGCACGAGCUGGCGCUGUCCCCUCGGGGCAGCCACGCCUCGCCGGUGCUCUCGCUCAAGGCCAUGAAGCUGCUGGGGAUGGUCAACCUCGACGUCACCUCGGCCGGGCGCUGGAAUCAGGACGUCGACUACGACCUCGAGGCAUCCGACGCUGGCGGGUCCUCACCGCCGACUCAGUCAUCGCCCAGCUCAUCAAGCUCCACAGCGACGAGGAGCAAGCCGGCGCCGAACAACAACACGGCCGUGCCCCUCAAGGCGAUGAAGAUGCUGGGCGUGAUGGAGGGCGCCGGCUCGAGCACCAACGGGAAGAAGAGUCGGUCGGUCAUCCACCGCGGUGGCGAUCGAGGACCCUCAGCAGCUGCCGCGGCCUCCACGCCACUUAGCAACAGCGGCAACAACGGCCAGCUGGCGGCCGACGACGAAAGCACCAGCCCCGAGCCCGUGCUGUCGCCGCUGGCCAUGCUGCUGGACUGGAAGGGCCGGCGGGGCCGGUCGAACAGCAAGGAGGUGUCGCUGCUGGACAGCCUGACGUCGUCAUCGUCUUCGGAGUCGGAGGCGAGUCCACACACCGUGCGGGUGAGGCGCGCCCGCACCCUGAGCAAGGAGGAGCUGACGGACUCGAGCAUCGUGCAGGACCGGGACAUGCUCGACCGACGAGAGAGACGAGCCAGAACGCUCAGCAAAGGCAUCUGA